GUUCGUUCACGCAACCCUGGGAAACAUGAGCUGGCUGUGCGGCUAAUGUUAACGUUGCACCCUGCCCCAGCUGCAACCGUCUGCUACCGGAGAGGAAACGAGCUUCUACGAACGUUUCAUUCGUUUUCUUACGAUUUGCACAAAUUAUUUAAUUUUGCUCGCUGUUUUUUGUUUACGACACCAUGCCCUCACUGCGAUCAUGUUUUCAAGCUGGACUCGACUUCAUAGAAUACCUCGGAGAGAGAAAAUCGAAAACCGACAAAAAUGAACUUCGUGACAUUUAUAACUCCGAAUUUAGAAGAAACAGGAACGGAAUCAAAGGCCCGUCUUUUUCCAGUGUUGUGUUUGCCUUGGUUACGUUCAAUAAAGCUCACGUUCAGAAAGGGAAGAUAUUCUUAAAUAAAAAGUCUUCGGUUAUGCCAAGUUUUGUCUUAGAGGAGGGUCCCCGCUCCUCACAGGUCCGAGUCGUCUACGGAGACCAGUGGCGGAAGCCCAGGAAGCAGAAGCCGGGCAGCGCCCCGCCUGUGGCAAAUGGAGGACCAGCACCGCCCCCUGCUGGCGCAGUUCCGCGUCCCGCCGCUGCCCCCAGGCCCGCCGCCCAGCCGGGAUCGCAAGCCAAGAAGCGGCUGGCGAACAAAAUUCUGCAGAGCCUGAAGGAGAACAGAUCCGAAUUCAUCGCGGACAAGGAGGGCGUCGUGAUCACGUCGGACCACGACAUGGCUGGCGGCCGGAUCCAGUUCAGCGUGGAUCAGCUCCAGGAGGUCCACGUGGUGAAGAUGUACAUCCAGAACACGGGCGCCGCCGCGCUGAACUUCACGUACUACACGACCCUGCACCGCAUCCGCUGCUUCUCGCUGGCGGACGAGAAGAGGGUGACGCGGGCGAGCCCCCUCCUCCUGCAACCAGGGGACCGCUAUGAGGUCGAAGUUCAGUUCAUUUCUCUUCACGUUGGGUACUUCCCGGCCACCAUGGUGUUCGAAUUCAAGCCGGACCCCAUCGCCAAAACGAAGCCCUUCUACAUCGUUCGUUUCCUGGAAGCAGUGGCCAGGACCAAGCUGACCGUCGAGCUGGGGCCGGUUUCGCCAUACAAGCCCUACCAGUCUUCCACGUACAGACCAGUGGACACCAUGGUGGAGGAGGGGGAACCUCCUGAGAGGUCUGUUGUCCAACAAUUGAAACCGGUGGUGAAAUUAAAGGAGUCCAAAUAUCCGCUUCACCUGAAGGAGAUUGCAAAACAACGGCUGGAGGACACCGAGUAUUUAUCACCAGCGGCAAGGCAACAGCUUCCCUCGGUGAAGUCUCUGCUGGAGUCUCCCCUGAGCCGCAAGAACUACACCAAGCGCUUCCAGCUCCUGCUGCACCUGGAGGAGCUCCAGAUGGAGGUGGACAUCAGGAAGUACGACAUGCACAACCGAACCAUGAUCCAGGACCAGCGGGACAAGAAGCUCCUCAUUCUGCAGGUUCCGGGCGUGGCCGAGAACAGGCCGUCGGUCCUGCGGGGGGACGACCUGAGGGUGACCAAGGCCGAAGACGAAGACCAGCCCAUCACCGUCUACAAGGGCUACGUUCACCGAGUGGAGCUGGAGAGCGUCAAACUGGGCUUCUCCAAGAAGCUGGUGAAGAGCUUCCUCAGCAACAUGAAGUUCAACGUGGAGUUCACCAUUAACCGCUACCCUCUGAAACUCCAGCACCGGGCGGUGCAGCUGGCCAUCGACCACCGCCUGGGGGAGGUCCUCUUCCCCACCGGUUCCCAUGCCACGCCCCUUCCUCAACCGCAACCCCGACUCAGCCUGUACGACAGGAAGUUGGAGAACAAUCCGGAACAGUGCACCGUCGUCCAGCACAUCGUGUCUGGGGUGUCCCGCCCCGCCCCGUACCUGGUGUUCGGGCCCCCCGGCACCGGCAAAACCGUCACCUUGGUGGAAGCCAUCAAGCAGGUUCACAAAACGGACCCCCUGGCCCACAUCCUGGCGUGCGCCCCCUCCAACAGUGCCUCGGACCUGCUGUGUGAGCGUGUGCUGGAGCACGUGGGACCCCGCCUCCUGUACCGCCUGUACGCCAGCAGCCGGACCCUAGGGACCGUGCCCAAAAGCCUGCAGAAGUGCUGUAACUGGGAUGCACGGCAGGACUGCUUCGUGUUUCCCGACAAGGAGACCCUGAUGAAAUACAAGGUCAUCGUGGCUACCGUGGUUACGGCUGGAAAGCUGGUGACCGGAGGCCUGCCCGAGGGCCACUUCACCCACAUUUUCGUGGAUGAGGCGGGGCACGCCGCGGAGCCGGAGUGCGUCAUCGGAAUGGCGGGACUGCUCCAUGCCCAGACGGGACAGCUGGUGCUGGCAGGGGACCCCAAACAGCUGGGACCCGUACUGCGCUCCCCUCUGGCCAUACAGUACGGACUGGGUCUGUCCCUGCUGGAGAGGCUCAUGCGGGACAAUCCGCUCUACCAGAAGGACGGCGACAGCGGGCGGUUCAACCAGCUGUUCGUCACCAAGCUGCUGCGUAACUACAGGUCACACCCAGCUAUCCUCCGCAUUCCCAACGAGCUCUUCUACGACGGGGAGCUGCAGGUGUUCGCCAACAAGGAGCUGCGCAACUCGUACUGCAGCUGGGAGCACCUGCCCAAUCAGGGGUUCCCCCUCAUUUUCCACGGAGUGAUGGGGAAGGACGAGCGCGAGGCCAACAGCCCCUCCUUCUUCAACGUGGCCGAGAUCCAGAUCCUGGUGGAUUACCUCCGCAAGCUGCUGCAGACCCAGGGCAAGAAGGGCCUGGCCACCUUAUCGCCCAGGGACAUCGGCAUCAUCGCCCCCUACAGGAAGCAGGUGGAGAAGAUCCAGAAGGCCAUCAAAAGUGUCAAAGAGCUGAAACAGCUGAAGGACAUUGCAGAGCUGAAGGUAGGCUCGGUGGAGGAGUUCCAGGGGCAGGAGAGGAUGGUGAUCAUGGUGUCGGCCGUCCGCAGCAGCAUUAACUACGUAAAGAUGGAUAAAGACUUCAGCAUCGGCUUUCUCACCAACGAGAAGAGGUUCAACGUGGCCAUGACCAGAGCCAAGGCCCUGCUGAUCGUGGUGGGAAACCCUGUUAUCCUCAACAAGGACCCCAUCUGGGAGCGAUUCAUCAGCUACUGCUCGGAGGAGAAGGGCUACACCGGGUUCGACUGCGCUGACGCUGAAGGGGAGAACGACGUGGUGACUCGACUGGCUGCCCUCAGCAUCGAAGUGGAGCCGGAAGUGGAACAGGAGGAGAGCAACCUCCAGCAGUAUGUGCACCCAGAAUGGAGAAGCGAGCUGUGAUCGACCAGGACGCCCAUCCCACCCCUGCCCCCUGCCCCCCGCACCCCACCCCCAACAGCCCAGGGUGCGACCGAAUCACUGCCACCGAAUUGAUCAAUCAACUGAUCAGUUUCCGUCAGCUAUUACAUUAAACGCUUCAAAAAAAUCAAUAAAUAUCUACGACGCAGACCGUUUACAUGCACUAUGACCCCGUCAGGAAGAUACGUUCUGACUCCGCCCCCCCCGGGAGACUGGCUGUGCAUCACAGUGCUGAAGUGCCUUUAUAUCUGCUGAUGCUACAUUAUCUGCGGUCCACUGAUUUGUCCAUCUCAUUAUCAGUCUUACAGAUGUAUUUUUUAUUUUAAACCGUUGAGUUGUGCUGCAGAAAUGUCAAGAUGUCUUCCGCGGGCAGUGCCUUGUGCCUUAUGAGCUCAAGCCAUGAGUUGCGUAGUGACAAUCAUUUCAGCCACCGAAGCCACCUUAGACACACACUGCUUCCUGGAAUAAGGCACACCUUAUCUGAUGAAGUUUCUGAAGUCACUGGAUACCCUAGUUCAGGUGACGUUCGCAGUUCUGUCCCCGUCGUACACAAAAAGAAUAUCGCUGUCAACAGUUUUCUGUCAAAUUCAUUUGAAAGUUAACAUCCUUGCCGCUGGGUUUUUGCAAACAGUGUUUUUGUGCACAAUUUUAAAGUGCACGUUUAUAUAAGGCAGUUGAUUGGCAUGUGUGCGAUUUACUAAAUAAAACCUGCUUUGCCUUCAUCCUGCAAUGUCAAUGGAAAAUCCAGGGUAAUUAAUCAUUGCUUGAGAACGCAAAGGUGCUUAGAAAACCGUUGGAUAAGAGACAUUUUAAACCCGUUUUAAUGGCUCGGUGGCCCAUAAUAAUCAGUACUAUUCUGCCAAGGAUUUAAUGUUCUUAUGCUCAGGACUCUCAGUGACAGCAGUAUGUGUUUAGACAGAGACUGGCCUCUUUUAAAAGGGAGCGAAACGCAAUCAGUAUUUUUACAGUGUUAACGUUAACAUUCAUGGGAAGGGCAUUUACAAGUGCGCUUACAGUUUUUUGACGAUUCAUACACGCAGCUUUGCAUUACAGUUGAAGUCAGUUUCUUUUGGAAUGUGAUUUAAAGCGAUUAUGUGAAGCACAAUUCAGCUGGUACUGAUUCCUGAACUACUUGGUGUUUUAACCGACGCGUGGUAAAAUGGCGGUGUUUGUGUACGCAUUUACACUGUUCAGUGUUGGAGUGGUCCCUGUGUGUAAGGGACAUGAGUCUUCAUUUCCACUGGGCUUGCUGUGGGAGAAUUUCAGUAUGCAGAUAAUAAACUAAACAGUGUAAUUUCUGUAUUGUACAGAAACUACUUAUGUGGGUCCCUGGUUUUUUUUCCUCAAAGUAAAUAGCAUGUGUUAUCAUUAAACUGCAGUAAUGGCCUGUUGAUAUUGGCAGGAUGUGUAGUGGGGUACAGCCACUGAAAGAUUAAUAUUCUCUGGGGGGGGGGGGGGGGUAAAUUAUAUUGGAAUACUAGACAUCUUCAAGUAUAGACAACACCAGUAAUUAAUAUUUGCGAAUUACUUUAGCCCUACAAUAAAAUACAUUUUAUAAGUAUGAGAAGAGAUGAUGAAUGAGCAAUACCGAUUUCUUCAGCUGCUUAGCUAAAGUAAACCAACCAAAAAUAAUAAUAAUGAUGAAAGUGAUCCCGUUUCAAAAAUAGUUUAAUAACAGCGGUCAUGUUUACUUGAUUCAAACAUUCACAACACUGUUCCUGUUUUACAAAGCAUCGUCACGGUCAGCUUCCAUAUAAAUCCUGAUUAUGUGGGCUAUUAAAAUCAUUUCAGAAGGGGGGGGGGGGGGAGGAAA